AUGGUACAGGCGAAUUAUAACUUAGAUGAAGACGGUGGUGAAAAUCCCUUCGCAGAUCCUAACCUAAGGGAGGAUAACCACCAAGAAGAAGAAAUUGAUGAUAUUUUGACCCCAAGUCCUACAACAUCUCAUGGAUUUGGUUUGCAUACGAGUAUACCUACAGAUGAAGACUUGACAGAUGUAAUGGUUGGAGACAGACGGUCUUCAGGAUCUCCUAAAGCGGUGGAAUAUGAUGGGGAGACGCUUCAACAACAAAUUAUUCCUCCAGGCUACAAUGAGCACAUGAUGGUUAAAGAUUCAUUCCUCACAGGAAGGGCAUUGUUGUAUUUCACAUCAGUGUUUGUAUCUAUCGGCGUGUUCCUGUUUGGAUACGACCAAGGUGUCAUGUCUGGUUGUUUAACGGGUAAAUACUUUAAAAGGCAUUUCCACGACCCAUCUCGAGCCGCUAUUGGUAUAAUGGUAUCGAUUUUAGAAAUCGGUGCCUUGGUGUCCUCUUUGGUAACCAGCAGGUUAGGUGAAAAACUGGGCAGAAGGCGCACGAUUAAAUAUGGAUCGCUCGUCUUUAUCAUUGGGGGACUUUUUCAAGCAUUUGCGGGAGGAAUUGGUUAUUUGAUUGCAGGUAGGCUCAUUAGUGGUGUCGGUGUUGGUCUGCUGAGUACAAUUGUCCCCAUAUACCAAUCUGAAAUAUCUCCUCCGCACAAUAGAGGUAAAUUGGCAUGUAUCGAAUUCACAGGUAACAUUGUAGGAUAUGCUACCAGUGUUUGGAUCGAUUAUGCAUGUUCUUAUUUUGAGAACAAUGCUGCAUGGAGGUUGCCACUUUUUAUUCAGAGUGUUAUCGGAUUCAUGCUGUUCAGCGGAUCCUUUGUCAUCGUAGAGACUCCUCGUUGGUUGCUGAACCACGAUCGUGAUGUGGAGGGAUUUAUAGUCAUUGCUAAUUUGUACAGCGAUGGAGAUUUGCACCAUGCAAAAGCUAAAGAAGAAUUCCAAUCCAUCAAGGAAACCGUGCUCAUAUCACGUAUGCAAGGCGAGGGCAAAUCUUAUGUGAAAGUCUUCAAAAGGUAUCGGAGAAGAAUGCUGAUUGCCAUGAGUUCGCAGAUGUUUGCUCAAUUAAACGGUAUUAACGUCAUCUCAUACUAUGCUCCUUUGGUCUUUGAAAAAGCCGGCUGGGUUGGAAGGAAAGCCCUUUUAAUGACCGGUUUCAAUGGGAUUAUGUAUAUCGUCUCUACAUUACCGCCAUGGAUUCUCGUGGACAAAUGGGGACGUAAACCGAUGUUAUUGACAGGGAGUAUUCUCAUGGGGUUCGCCCUCGCAUGCAUUUCCUUAUCGAUGUUGGCAAACAUUAAGGCAACACCAAAAUUAGUGGUAGUAUUUGUGGUUAUUUUCAACUCUUCAUUUGGUUUUAGCUGGGGUCCCAUUCCUUGGUUAUACCCGGUGGAAAUUGCCCCACUUUCAGCACGUUCUGCAAUGGCAUCUGCAUCAACAGCCACCAACUGGCUCUGUAAUUGGUUAGUUGGUAUCAUGACCCCCAUUUUAGAGGAAAAAAUCAGCUGGGGUCUCUAUUGGAUCCACGCAACAUCCUGUUUCGCUUCCUUUUUGGCGGUUUACAAGAUUUAUCCAGAAACCGCCGGUGUCAGACUGGAGGACAUGGAUACAAUAUUUAAUGACAGACUACCCAGUUUUGGUGUGACUAAAAACAACAGAUCUAAUUCAGAUCCUAACAACUUAGAGAUGGAUAUGGACUCUUUAACCGUAAACGAGAAUAACGCUGAUGCAGAUCCUUUCAAAUCCCCGGAAGACGAAGUCAAUUUCAAGAGUAAUCAAAGUAUGCUGUCUAGAACAAACGCAACAGACUCCUUACCAAUUGAAACCCCUUCAAUGGAUGAAGUUCUCCAAUUUAAGGAACAACAAAAAAGUAAAGGUCUGGGGAUGGUCAUUAGAAGUGGAUCCAGAAAUAUGUGGUACAUGAUUAAUAAAUUUAUUCCUUCCAAGAGUUCAGAUAGCGGUACUUAUAACACUAUCUGGAAUAACGAUUUGGAAAAUGGAUCAUGA